AUGGACGUACAUGAUGGAAGCAUAAGGAACUUACUUAAUGCUAACAAUAACUUACCAGGAACUAUUAAAGCAUUUAUAAAGUCCUUUGUAAAACCCGGUGCUCUAACAUUUAGGUCUUUGAGAGCAAGAGCAUUGAAGUCAAGAGAUGCAGAAACUCCAACAGAACCUACAGAAGGAACUAAAACAACAGAAACUCCAGAAGAACCACCAAAACCAACAGCUAAUGAAAUAUUGUUCGAAUAUUUUCCAAGGUACUCUGUUCUCAUUGCAUACAUUCAAGAAAUACUUAAGAAAGCAGACUUGACUUUAGGAGAUGAUGAAAAUUCUGUAUAUCUUUCGUUCCAGUUUCAAAUAGCAGAACUUUUGAGACAGAUAUGCUUAAUGUAUGACAACAUCUCUGAUUUCACAAGAUAUGAUGACGACCAUGACCCCGAACACGGUGAAGAAGAAGUUUUACAAACAUCCAUUAAGACAGGAAAGGUUUUAACUCAAAGUCUCAUUAUUGACACCAAAGAUGGCGAAGUGGACGUUCUUCAAGAGCUGAAGAAAAAUACUUCUUUGGGAGGUAGUGGUAGGUAUGAACUUGAAAUAAAUGAGAUAGAAGAGAAAUUAGCCGAAAAAGCAGAUAAAAACCAUGUUCAUUAUAUAAGUUCAGAUGAACAGAUUAUAACGGACUACCAUGGAUAUUUAACACAGGAUGAAAAAGUGAAGACAAAAGAUGUUAAUGAAAGAAGAUAUAAAUACAUUCGUGUUAAAGGUUAUGACAUACACUGUACUGUACAGUAUGACACAGGUAAAGCACCAGAAGUAUUUGGUUAUAACGAUGAAAUUUAUGCCUCUAGUUUCUUUGUUAACGGUGUAUUAGUUGAACCAAGAUUUACUUUGAGAGUUAAGGCAAAAAUAACUUUUGAAGAUGCUAUUAAAAGUAAAGCUGACAAAGAUGAACUUGACGCAACGAACAAAGUUUUGAAAUCUCAUAAACACAAUAUCUCCGAUAUAAAUGAACUUCAAGCUACAUUAAAUAGUAAAGCUGACAAGAACCAUACACAUGAAUCCUUCACUACUGUUAGAGCAGACGACAUAAUAUUGAACUAUACCCUUGGUUCAAGUGCACCUUUAGAGAAUCCAAGUACAAGCGUAAAAGAUACACUAAACUCCUUAAAUAACAAAUGUAUGAAUAUCGAAGGUCAUGUCAGAAACUUUGAAGCAUAUGAACUACCAGCAAUGUUAGAUAAGAAAGCAGACAAAGAACAUACACAUAACUCCUUCUCAACUGUUGCUAUAGAAAGUAUUGAAGGAACGGUUGGCGGAACUGGUGGGGAUGCAUUAUAUUAUAAACCUCCUAACUUUCUACAAGGUUUAACAUCGAAUGAAAACAUAACAACGAAGAAAGAAAUUAGCUGUAAAAAUGUUUAUGUCAUGGAUGAUGAAAAUAAUGUUAAAUUCACUGCUCAAGAUUUAUAUGAUAAGAAAGCUGACAAAACAGAGCUUCAAACAUUAAAGAUUGAAAUACUUCAAACAUUAUAUCCUACAGACUCUAUUUAUACGUCAAUGAACUCAACAAAUCCAGCAACAGUUUUAGGUUUUGGUACGUGGAAGCAGAUUGUAGAUAAAUUCUUAUACUGUGCUAGAUAUUCAAAGCAAACAGGAGGUUCGAAGAAAAUUAAAGAAGCAAACCUUCCACCGCACACUCACACAGGAACGACAAACUUUUCUGGCGACCAUAGCCACUCAUUAAGAGACCACCCAUUAUACAACUCAGAGUAUGAAGCUGGCAAUGAUGUUUUAUCUCCAUCUUAUAACAAUUCAGCAAAAAAGAUUUUUCGACCAACUGAACCAGGAGGAAAUCAUUCACACACUUUCACAACAAAUCCAACAGGCUCGGGUGAAGAUUAUAUGCCACCAUUUGUGACUGUAUUCGCAUGGUACCGCGUUCAAUGA